AUGGGCAGUCUCAAUGGCCACAACCAGCUUCACGUCUACUUCUUCCCGUUCAUGGCGCACGGCCACCUGAUCCCGGCCGUCGACAUGGCCAAGCUCUUCGCUUCCCGAGGCGUCAAGACCACCAUCGUCAUCACCCCUCUCAACGCCGCCUUCUUCUCCAAAACCAUCCAAAAGCACUCCUCGUCGGGCCGGGCCGAGAUCCAGGCCCGAAUCAUCGACUUCCCGGCUGCCCGGGCCGGGCUGCCGGAGCAAUGCGAGAACCUCGACUUCAUCACCUCCCGAAACUUGGGAAUGGAAGCCACCAUCAACUUCUUCCGGGCCUCCACCAUGCUCCAGGAGCCCUUCGAGAAGCUUCUGGAACAAGACCGCCCCGCCUGCGUGGUGGCCGACAUGUUCUACCCGUGGGCCACCGAAUCCGCCGCCAAGUUCGGGAUCCCCAGGCUGGUCUUCCACGGCACCAGCUGCUUCGCUCAGUGCGUCGGCGAGGCCCUGGCGUCCCACGCGCCGCAGCAGCGAGUGGAGUCCGAUGCAGAGCCCUUCGUAGUCCCGGGGCUUCCGGAUGAAGUCCGGCUGACCAAGCGCCAGCUGUCACCUUCGGCGGCUCUGGUUGGCGGAACCAGUUUCCUGUCCCAACUUUUCAAGAGAGUCAGGGAGUCUUACUCCGAGGUCUACGGGACGGUCUUCAACAGCUUCUACGAGCUGGAACCCGCUUACGUGGACCAUUUUAGGAAGAUUCUUGGAAGGAAGGCGUGGUAUGUGGGCCCGGUCUCGCUUUGCAACGGUGACGUGGAGGACAAGGCCAGCCGCGGGAAGGGAGCGGUGAUCGACAAAGACGAGUGCCUGAAAUGGUUGGACUCCAAGGAAGCAAACGCCGUCGUUUAUGUAUGUUUCGGGAGUCAAGCGGAUUUCACUGCCCAACAGCUGAGGGAGAUCGCGGUCGGGAUCGAAUCCUCCGGUCAGCCAUUUAUAUGGGUGGUGCGUGGUCGAAACGACGUCGAAGAGGAUUGGCUGCCCGAAGGAUUCCAGGAGAGGACCGCAGGAAGAGGACUAAUAAUCCAAGGCUGGGCUCCACAGGUUCUGAUUCUGGAGCACGCGGCGAUAGGAGGAUUCGUGACGCACUGUGGAUGGAACUCGACGCUGGAGGGGAUUGCGGCGGGGCUGCCGAUGGUGACGUGGCCGAUGGGGGCAGAGCAGUUUUACAACGAGAAGCUGGUGACGGAGGUUGUGAAGAUUGGCCUUGAGGUUGGGGUGGAGCAGUCAUCGACCUACGGAGUGAAGAUGAUACGUAGCGAGGCGGUGGAGAGGGCAGUGCGUCGAAUCAUGUCUAAGGAGGAUGAAGUGAUGGCGGAAAUGCGCCGGAAAGUGAAAGGGCUCGGGGAGGCGGCGAGGAAAGCUGUGGAAGCAGGGGGUUCUUCGUACGCUGAUUUGGGUGCUCUGAUUGAGGAGCUGGAAUUGAUGUCUUGACGUACGUGGGUGCUAAAUUAAUGGAGCGAUGCCUAUGUUAAACAUAAAUUAGAGUGAUGAUUUCAGUAAGGGGGUUAUACCCUCACAUAGAAUCCAUCUAGAAUUUCAUAUCCCAUGUAUGGAAAUUGGAAUUUCA